GUUUUAAAAAACAUUUUUUAUUAUUAUUAUCUCAGCAGAAGAAAUAGAAAAUAUAGUGAAUAAUGUGUAAAAGGCUAAGAAGAAAGUAAUGUUUACUGAUUGUGUAUUCUAAAGAAGCAUGAUCCUGAGUGUUUAUCACUCAUAGCAAUUCUGACUCCCAGUGCCCCUAUGUAUAUUCCCCUAUGAGAGACAGUUAUUUCACAAUAGGAAAGCUUUUGAGACUCGACCCUGAAGGAUGUCUAAUCACCAUGUAACGCUUUUCCCCUAAUUUGUCCCUUAGAGGGUAAACAAAGACACAUGUACCCCCACAUUUUUUAGAGCCUGCACUAGCUAAAGAGAAACUCCCAGGAAAGGUAAUCUUUCCAUUCUUGAUAUUCCCUAAAGAAUGUUCAGAAACAUCUAUAUCCUCAAUGACAAACCAGCAUAGGGUGCAGCUUAUUGCAGAGAUUCUGAAGAGCAUUCUUGUGGUCUUAGACAAGGUACGUGCUAAAGACAUGAUCCAGCUGAGGUUGCUAACCUGCCUUUUACUCAGAUUAUGCCUGCCCAAUAAUUUCCUUAUAUAUUUAGCUCUUCCAAUCCCAAAUAGUCCCAGGCUUUCAGGGUAAAAUUUUCUCAUUGUAUGGAGUAAAACUUCAUAUUUUUAUAACUUUAUUACAUGAGUGAAGAAAUUAGAAUAGUGAGACAUGAAAUCUAGAAAAGAUAAUUAGGAAGAAUAUAGUUCAGCUAAUAGAUGAAGAUACUGAUAAUAUCUAAGGUCUUUCUAAUGAUAAAAUGUUGUUGAAGUCCAUAGAAUCAUGGAUUCCUGGAGACUUAGAAAUUGACUGCUUUUUUCCACGGCGAAAAUCUAAAUGAAGCCCUUUUUUUUUUUUUAACUUUGCAUGGAAUAUUUGUAGGCUGAACUCCUUGAGCACCACUGAUUAUCUGUCAUUCUGGGAUUUUUAAAAAAUGUGCUUUAUGUGUGUCAGGGGCAAGAAUGUUUUGUUCAACAUUAUAUGGCCCUUGAACCUGGGGCAAUUAUGGGCACAUAACAGAGGACUGAUCAAUGUAUGAGUGUUAAUUGAACAAAUGUAUAUAUGGUGAACACAAUGCCAACUUACUAGUGGUAAAAAGCCUCAUUAGAGCAUCAAAGUAGUCACUCUAUCUGCUUUUAUGAGCUACUUAGCUCUGAACUUCCCUUUUUCAUAACCCAGUCAUUUCCUGUUUUAUCCACCUAUGCCCUCUGUAAUGACUAGUCUGGUACUUUAGGCUGAGAAAAGAUAGUACCAUAACACAGACAAGACAGAGAAGUGGCCACUUCAAUCAGAGAACACUCAGAUCUCUCACAUCUUUCCCCAGGCAGGCUCUGCCCUUCUGCUACACUAAGGUACUUGCUCUCUUCCAAAGCCUGUCUUUCAUAUCUUUCUUCACCAAGGCUUGACACAGAAAGCAAAAGGCAUCUUCUGUAAGUUAGUUUUCCUAGCCUGCAGUGCAUUUAUUUUAAUCUGUUUUUGACUUGAAAAAAAAAUCAUUAGCUCUCUCAUCUCACAAUCAGGAUAGUCUUAAGUAUAUAAUGUUACUCAGAGUAGGACACAGAAUGACUUAUGACUCCUGGUCUAAAUUUCCCAUGGUGGUAUGAAUAAUAAUAGUGGCUUCUAAGAACUACAGACCAGGCUUCCAGUUAUUGCUUUGUAUCUUAGCUAUGUCCAUUUGGGUAAGGUAUUUUUUUCCCCUCUGAUUCUUAAUUUCACUACCCGCAAAAUAAUAAUAAUACUCUCUCUACCAUAGGUAGAAAUAAAUGAGAUAAACUAUGUAAUGUGCCUAAGGCAAUGACCAUCACAUGGGCGGGCAUGGGAAUUCCACAGACACCAGGUGGCGGGGCCAGGGUUGCACCAGAUGGAGUGGGGGCUGCACUAGUGAGAUUCCUGGUUCCCCACCACCUUCUCCCCACUCCUCCCAUCUCAUGCUCCUGGGAGGGAGGGAUGGAGAGGGAGGGAAGGAGGAGACUGGCAAAAAGAAACCAACCAAGCUCUCAGAGAACAACGUGGGAGUCAGUUUAGAUUCCAUCAUUGUCAAUGGAGAAGUUCUGUCAAAAGAAUACAUGCGAAGUCCAGAAGCAAGAAAGGAAGGAAACAGUUGACCUAUGCAAAUGGAAAUAAAAACCUAUCUUUGCAUAGACCUAGACAAAGUUGGAAGAAAACAGAUGACUGCGUGGGACAAAUGCUUUUGCAGUCAGGUUAUGAGAACAAGGAUUUCGGCAUGACUGACUGACCACAGUCACAGGAGAAACAAGUGCCAAGGGGUGGGGGAGGGAGUUAGGGCAGUACCUUUGUACAGUGCAACACUAUGAAAGUGUGUAUGUGUGCGUGUGUGUUUGAAAUACAGCAAAAAUGGAUGGAAUUCUUUAAUAAUACUAUUUAAUGUAUCCUUUAUGAGUAUCCCUGAGGACAUUUUCGUCUAUUUAAAGGAGAUAAUGCUGAUAUUCAAAUAUUUAAAAUGCAAGAUAAGAUGUGUUAAGCAUCAUGAAAAAGGAAAACAUGAAGCACUCUUAGGGGUUGUAGGAGAGGGUGUUUAGUUCUGGGAUGAGGAUCAAUGAGAUGUCCAUGAUAAUGGGAAUAUUUAAUGAACACUGGAUACUUGGAUUCCAAUAGAAAGAGAUAAAGAAGAUAGAAGGAAAGAAUGACAGAAAAAUAGGAUAUGAAAAAUUGGCAGAGCUGAUAAGAAUGUAGAAAAAUAAUGGCUGAAAAAAUUGGGCUGGAACCAGAUCAGAGAAUAAAAUAAAUAUCAGGCUAAGAUCUUUGGGCUUUAUUCUUGAAUGAUUUUGAAAAGACAAAAGAGAGUAAAAGCCAUUUUUUAGAAAUGUUGAUCUGACAAAAGUAAGAAGAUGAGUAAAAGAGACGUUAAAAUAGUCAAGGUAAGAGGCAAUGCAUACUGCUAUCACUAACUUUAACUGCAAACAUUUUAUUUGCCCUUUCUCCCUAACAACUAGAUGCUGGCCUGAUUGCUAUUGUAGUUGAUUUUUAUAACACUUUCUUCCCAAGAUAGCUAUAGUUAUAAUAGAAGUGAUUUUUUAAAAUUCAGGUUUAUUUUCUUCCUUUGGCUCGUAGAUGUGCCCUUCAUAGGAGGGAUGGGGUGUGCAGGGCUGAACUAACCUGUUUGUCCAAAAUUCAACGACCACUAAUACUAAUCAGGGGCAAGAUGGUCCCUUGGUCUGGGCAACAAUCAAUAUCUGCUACUGAAGGAGGAAAAGGUCUGAGGGAGAAAGCAGAGAAGAGGAGGGUUAUUUCCUGACAUCCAGGUACCCAUCAUCUAAACGAGAAAUGGGCAUGUUUCUCUGAAACCAACAGAGAAGAGGCAGAGAGGGAAAGAGGAAUACUUUAGCUAGCCUCAGAUUAACUAUCAGAGCUAGAAAAGACAGCAGAGUAACAUGAAGAAUAAUGGAGAGAAGGGUUUCUGAUAAUGUAUUUUUUUUUAAAUGCUUCUCUGAAGAAUGAGAGUGGAGAAUAGUUACAAAGAAAGGUACCCUUGUUAAAGCUAAACACAGAGGGGUAGAGAGUAGAAAUUAAAGAAGUGACUGAAUCUGCAGAAGGUAUUUCCAGAAAGUUAAAUUUGCAUAUUGCUUUGUGUUUUCUUUGCAUCAACUGAAGAGGUUUACAAAAAGAUUCAUUUAGGGGCCCAAAUUCAAAUAUUUCAGAUGUUUCGGCAUAGAGGUUCUGCGGAGAGCUAUUUCUAAUGACGAUCUCGGGUCCCAGAGUCAGCUUAAGUAACUGAUUACAGAAAGGAAUGAAGCAAUUUUUAAUAGGUAAUCACCAUCCUAAUUCCAGGAGUUUCUUUGUCUCCUUUUACCUUUUCCCGAUGACACGGUUGAUGGCCAGUGAGAAUCAGACAACAGUGACCGAGUUCCUCUUCUCUAUGUUCCCUCAUCUGCAUGAAGGUGGCCUCUUAUUCUUUAUUCCUUUGCUUCUCAUCUAUGGAUUUAUCAUAACUGGAAACCUAAUGAUAUUCAUUGUCAUCCAGCUGGACAUGGCCUUGCACACCCCCAUGUAUUUCUUCAUCAGUGUCCUCUCUUUCCUGGAGAUCUGGUAUACCACGACUACCAUCCCCAAGAUGCUCUCCUGCCUAAUCAGUGAGUGGAAGACCAUCUCUCUGGCUGGCUGCCUCAUGCAGAUGUAUUUCUUUCACUCUCUGGGUAUCACAGAAGGCUGUGUCCUGACAGCAAUGGCCAUUGACAGGUACAUAGCUAUCUGCAAUCCUCUCCGUUACCCAACCAUCAUGACUCCCAAAAUUUGUAUCCAUCUGACAGCUGGAGCCUACCUCUGUGGCUUCCUCCUUGUGCUCCCUGAGAUUGCAUGGAUAGCCACCCUGCCUUUCUGUGGCUCCAACCAGAUCCAGCAGAUCUUCUGUGACUUCACGCCUGUGCUGAGCUUGGCCUGCACAGACACAUCCCUGGUGGUCAUUGUGGAUGCCAUCCAUGCUGCGGAGAUCCUAGCUUCCUUUCUGGUCAUCGCCCUCUCCUACAUCCGGAUCAUCAUGGUGAUUCUGGGGAUGCCUUCAGCUGAAGGUCGUCACAAAGCCUUUUCUACAUGUGCUGCCCAUCUUGCUGUGUUCUUACUGUUUUUUGGCAGUGUGGCUGUCAUGUACUUGCGAUUCUCAGCAACUUACUCAGUGUUUUGGGAUACAGCAAUUGCUGUCAUUUUUGUUAUCCUUGCUCCCUUUCUCAACCCCAUUAUCUAUAGCCUGAGAAAUAAGGACAUGAAAGAUGCUAUUGGGAGGCUUUUCUUCUGCCAGAACAGGGCUGGUGGGGUUCAGAGAUAGAUCUAGAUCGUGAGGACUCUGAAAAAACUCUUGGAAGUUCAGCAUUUCACUCUUCCUUGGCUUUUUCACUCUUCCUUGGCUUGGAUUAUGCUUUUUUUUUCUAUUGUCACAGCUACUUGUUCUAUUAUUAUAAACAAAAAUGAAAAACUGCUGUGUCCAAGUCACUGGAAGCAUUGCAUAGCCUGUUUACAUUGAUGCUCUUAACAUGGUAGCUAAAAGCAAUAUACCUGGUACAGGCUAGCUUCUUCCUUACACUCUACAAGCUAAACACCUGCCCUUAUUCUCUGUAGUUCCACAUGAUGCUGAGGCCAGAGAGCAGGAUAGAAGAGACAUGAAAGACAUCAUGGAUCUCUCUCCUUUUUUUUUUUUUUUUUUUUUUUUUUUUUUUUUUUUUUUGGCUAGGGGUUGAAUCGGGACUACUUCUGCUGGCCUUCGCCUUCGCCACAGCCAUAGCAACACGGGAUCCAAGACACAUCCGCAACCUACACCAUAGCUCAUGGCAACACUGGAUCCUUAACCCACUGAGAAAGUUCAGGGAUUGAACCAGCAUCCUCAUGGAUACUAGUUGAAUUUGUCACCUAUAAGCCACUACGGGAACUCCCAAAUUCAUUAUGGUACUUGAUGCUGCUGUUAAUUUUCCCCUAAUCCUCUUUCUGGUAAUGAACUCCACACUGUUCAGCAACCCACAUCAAUAAACAAUCCUGAUGCUAGAAAGGUCUCCACUUUUAACUUAUUUAAUCCACAAACUCACUUCAACAGUCAUGUUCUAGUCAUGCAUAACUAUGUGUUAUAGAAUUUUGGGCCAAUAGAGUGACACAGAAAUUAAUAACAGUUAGAGUCUACAUAUUUCUCUAGUAAUUGACUAUUUAAAAUAUUUUCACAUAUAUUAAUUCUCUUGAUUUAAAAAAAACUAAAGUAAUUAGGUCUGACAUCAUCAUUAUUUAAAUGCUGAAAUGAUAAAGCUCAAAAAAGUUUAAUGACUUACCUGAAGUCAUAUAAGUGCUUAGUGACAGGGCUAGGACUUAACCUCAGGACACUACUUCAUUCUCUGUCCCCAAUAAAUAUGUAUUUUCUUUUACCCUCCUUUGAUGUUCAAGAAGAAAAAUGGUACAAACUUCUCUUCCCCAAAAAAUUUCAUGAAACUUUACCAGUCUUUGAUGAGUAAUGAGUCAUUGGUCCUUUCUUCUGUGAAUUUCUCAGUUCUGGUCAUAGUAUGCAUGACCAGAACAUGGCUGUUGAAGUGAGUUUGUGGAUUAAAUAAGUUAAAAGUGGAGACCUUCCUAGCAUCAGGAUUGUUUAUUAAUGUGGGUUGCUGAACAGUGUGGAGUUCAUUACCAGAAAGAGGACUGGGGGAAAGUUCUCAGUCUUUGAUGAGUAAUGAGUCAUUGGUUCUUUCUUCUGUGAAUUUCUCAGUUCUCAUUUCUCAGGUGAUUGUAGCAUCAUGGAAAGACUAUUAGACUACAAGAUUCAAGGACAAAAGUUUAAUAACUUUUUCUGCCACUAAGUUGUGCCAUUUCCUUAUCUGUAAAAUUACAUGCUUGUAUUAGAUCAGUUUUUCCCAAACUGAUGGAACAUGAGAACUUAGGAUUCAGAAAAUCUUAAAGAGAAACCCAUACAUUUGCAUUUCUAAUAAGUUCCUGAGAAUAUUCUGAUGAUGAGUCAGGUGUGGGAAUGAAUGAAGUAGAUGAUCCUUAAGAUAUUCCUAUUCUAGGGCUCUUUGAUAUGCAUAAGAACUAAGAUUUUUGAACAGUGUCUGAGCUUAUGGUAAGGACCUUACUUGUAUUGUCUCAUCCUCACAACAAUUCUGUGAAAUAAAUAUUAACCCAUAUUUUCCAAUGGGAGGCCCAAAAUAUAGUUUCAACAACUAGUCCAAGUACUCAGAACCAAUUAUCAGGAAUCCAGGGCAAAAACUCAAUUCACCUAAUCCAAUUGUCAGGUGUUCUGGUGUUGUCACUGCUGUAGCACAGUUUUGAUCCCUGGCCCAGGAGCUUCCACAUGCCACAGGUGCAGCCCAAAAAAGAACAAGAGUCAGAUCUUUAUUUUCCACAAUCUUAUGCUCACUUUACAUAGCUAUCAUUCUAGAUCAAUUACCAAAACUGAGAAGACUUCCAAAGGAAAUAUGGUAUCCAGUAAGUAAUUGUGAUGACUAAUUAUUAAACAGAAAGUGGCAAAGGGUUUACUCCUCUAGAUUUCAAGAUUUGUAUAUUAAAAAAUAUAUUUGUGUAGUAAUUCUGUGUCAGGUACUCCAUUAGCUGCAGAAGAUUACUUUAGUGGCUAUCAUAUCAGCGGUCUUGGCCUUUGAAGGUCUUGGAGUCUAUUGAAUCACUAUUACCAUUUUAAUGUUAUUCAUCAAAUUCAUCAUUUUUUUUUUGGCAUGAAAUGUAGUGGUCUCUAUAGACUCCUUGUUCCCAACCAUUAGGCUAUUUUGUUUCCUCUAAGCCUUAGUACUUGUGCUUCAAGCUUCUUUGCCUAUUUACUCUUAUUCAUCCUUUCUUCUCUUAACCCUGCACAUCAAUUCCUUUCACAAAUACAUCCUUAACCUUUGGAAAGGAUACUCAGAAAUUCAUUAAACACUAGUUUUUAUUUUUGUUUUGUUUUGGAUUUUUUUUUUGGCCACACCCACGGCAUUCAAAGUUUCUGGG